CGCAUUGCACGUGCGGUCCUUCUCUUCACUUCAGAUUCUUCAGACAUCUCUCUCUCUCUCUCUCCCUCUCCCGGUUUAUAAACGGAGAGUGAAGAGAAACAGUUGAGUGACAAUAGUGAGGGAGAAAACGAGAGUCACUGUUUACUUACAUUCUCUGUCGAGUGUACUCCUCUCAAACUCGAGCUGAAAUCAUGAACUAGCAGCAGCUCCACAAGGAUCCUUUCAAGAUCUGCGUGAAUUUCUCUCACUAUCAGCUUCAGAGAUCUAUUGCCCAUACUUCAGUCACUCGAUGUCUCCUAAUUGGAACUCGAGAAGCUACCACAGAAUUCAUUUGUGAAGCAUACGUAUCGGACUAAUUUCAUUUUUCUUGAGAUUUUUGUUCUACUCUGGGGAUGGUGGAAUAGAUAUUAUGAUUGAAUGUUUUAUAAGCUUUUGCCAAUUUUGAUAUAGUAGAAGUGUACAAUGGAGGAUGGGAAUGUAGCGAGACAGUCAUUGAUAAGGCCAAGUGGUGGCUUGAAGUCCACAUUGUCAGGACGAUCAACUCCUAGGGGUUCUCCUUCAUUUAAAAGAUUGAAUUCUGGCCGAACUCCUCGAAAAGAAGGUAGAACUAGUGGAAUUAGCACUCAGUGGUUUAGAAAUAAUCGGAUAGUGCUUUGGUUGCUACUAAUUACUCUUUGGACUUAUGCUGGAUUUUACAUCCAGUCGAGGUGGGCACAUGGGGACAAUAAGGAAGGAAUUUUUGAUUAUGGGAGUAAACCGAGUGAUGAGAAUGCUGAAACUGGACAAGAUCUGCGACGGAACUUGGUUGCAAAUAAUGAAUCAUCGGCAGUUAAAAUCAGAAAUCAAAACAAACAACCCAAUGUGAAAAACAUGAAUGUGGUUUUGGCAAAAAAAGGGAAUACUGUUUCGUCUCCUGGAAAGGUAUCUUUGAAGAAGAAGAACAAGCGAUCGGCGCGUAGUUCACGUAGGAAGAUUCCUAGUAAGAAGAAGCCGGCUGUGGGCAUUGGAGACAGUGAUGUUGAGGUGCAGGAAGAGGAAAUUCCUAAUCGAAAUACUACUUACGGUUUGCUUGUUGGUCCAUUUGGGCCGAUAGAGGAUAGGAUUUUGGAAUGGAGCCCUGAGUUGCGAUCAGGAACUUGUGACAGGAAAGGUGAAUUUGCCCGUCUUGUUUGGUCCAGAAAGUUUGUGUUGAUAUUCCAUGAACUUUCAUUUACCGGAGCUCCACUUGCCAUGAUGGAGUUGGCAACGGAACUCUUAAGCUGUGGGGCCACAGUGUCUGUUGUAGUUCUUAGCAAAAGGGGUGGGUUAAUGCCAGAGCUUGCUAGGAGGAAGAUUAAAGUGCUUGAAGACAGAGAAAAGCUCAGCUUCAAAACAGCCAUGAAGUCAGAUCUAGUCAUCGCUGGUUCGGCAGUCUGUGCAUCUUGGAUUGAACAGUAUCUUGAUCACAAUGUGGCUGGUUCAAAGCAUAUUGCUUGGUGGAUCAUGGAGAACCGACAUGAGUACUUUAAUCGAUCAAAGCCUGUUCUCAACCGAGUGAAAAUGCUCAUAUUUCUUUCUGAGUUGCAGUCUAAACAGUGGCUAGCCUGGUGUGAGGAAGAAAAUAUUAAGUUGAGACCUCAGCUUGCAUUGGUACCACUUUCCGUUAGUGAUGAGCUGGCUUUUGCAGCUGGCAUUACUUGUUCACUUACUACUCCAGCAUUCAGUACAGAAAAAAUGCUUGAGAAAAGACAGUUCCUGCGAGAUUCAGUUAGAAAAGAGAUGGGAUUGACAGAUAAUGAUAUGCUUGUCAUGUCUUUAAGCAGUAUAACCCCUGGAAAGGGCCAGUACUUGCUUCUUGAAUCAGCACGCUUGAUCAUUGAACAAGAUUAUUCUCUGAAUGAUACUAGAGUCAAAGAUUUAGCACAAGCACAAGGAGGCCAAGAUUAUCAUUCAAGAGCAUUGCUUCAAAGUUGGAAUCUGGCUGGUGAAUCUGCAAAUAAAUUACACCUCUCUAGUGAAUCAUCUGUGAAUUCCAAUAGACCUAAAGGGAAACAUAUAUGGUUUUCUCAUCUCCUUACAUCCACAGGUAAUGCUAACGCUGUGACAGUUAAUAGUGGUGGCAAUAUAAGGAAGCUAUUGUCUGGUGAAGGACAGGUGGAACAGACUGUCAAGGUUCUCAUUGGUUCAGUGGGAUCUAAGAGCAAUAAGGCACUCUAUGUUAAAGCACUUCUCAAAUUUUUAUCUCGGCAUUCAAAUUUGUCGUCAUCCAUAAUAUGGACUCCAGCAACGAUCCGGGUUGCAUCUCUUUACGCUGCAGCAGACGUGUAUGUUAUGAAUUCCCAGGGGCUUGGAGAAACAUUUGGGAGAGUAACAAUUGAAGCCAUGGCAUUUGGUCUUCCGGUGCUUGGAACAGAUAAUGGAGGCACAAAAGAGAUUGUUGAACACAAUGUCACCGGUCUUCUUCAUCCUCUAGGGCGUCCAGGAACAUAUAUUCUUGCUCAGAAUCUUCGGUUUUUGCUCAAAAACCCAUCAGCAAGGCAGGAAAUGGGAAUCAGAGGAAGGAAAAAGGUCGAGAAGAUGUAUUUGAAGCGGCACAUGUACGAGAGAUUUGCCGAGGCUUUGAUCAGGUGCAUGAGAAUGAAAUGAAAUCUACCACUGGACAUUUUUUCGGUAGUUAAAUUGUAUUACCGUGCUGAUCGUUUGGUUACUGUUUUUUUUUUCCUUAGAUAAUGAAAUAUUUUUGAUUGGGUUUAAACUACUGUCUGAAUUUGUAACCUUGGAUUAUG